AUGGUGGAACAACCUCGCAUUCUGCGGCCACGCCCGCGUCGCGCAUUCGAAGUCCCUUCAAAUGACUCCUCCGGCCCUCCCACACCUGCCGAAGCCUCCAAUCCCGACCUACUGAACCCCAAUCUCAGCAUCAACCCCAACUUCCCAGAGGGCUCAGCCUCCACGAGCGUAAGCCGUACUGGCUCUAUCUUGAACCUGACGUCCUCUACCCUCUACGGUAUCUACCAGCCCACCGCAUUCGACAGUCUCCGCGAUGAGAACAGCCCCUGGGGGACGGAGGCAAACUCCCCAGCAGCCGAAUACCCGCCCGAGCCGUCACAGAGCGCCGCGUUGAAAUCAGCCAUUGAGCCUCGACCGUUGGCUUUGCGGCGCACACGCUCACGUCUCAGUCAGGGCUUGUUCCGUGGUGUCAUCUUGCCACAGGUCAUGAGCAGUGCACUGCUGUUCGGAUUUGGUAUUGUCUAUGGCGUGAUUACUGUGCAUUUGCAUGAUAACCACUGGAUUACACCUGUCAAGCUGGAGAACAUUCAUUACUACGAUUCGUGGCAGUACUUGGGUUUCUGGGGACUGGCGGGUAUUGCGCUGGGCAAUGUGCUUCCUUGGCUGGAUAGCUGGCGGGAUAGCGAGUCGAUGCGCGAAGAGCAGUCAAAGCGUGCCCGGAGCGAUGAUGAUAAUGAGGAUCGGACUCCGUCGUGGGUGGCUGUUGCUCGCAGCGUUGGUGCGUUUGUUGGAAUUGCAUUUGCCAUGCGUCGCCUCCCCUGGGAAUCUACGACUCAAGCCUCGCUUACCCUCGCCCUCGCAAACCCUGUCCUGUGGUACCUGAUUGACCGCACUCAGACUGGCUUCCUGCUGGCGACAGCCGUGGGCGUCGCGGGCAUGAGCGUGGUGCUGGGUCUGAAGCCUGAGCUGAUCCCGGCAUCCACUGGCCCGUCGGUGGGCACUACUUUCCUCAACGGAACUGGUUGGGAGAAUUCAUUGGGAGCUGGCAUUACUCAGGAGAGUAUUGCAGUCCGCACCUGGGUUGCCAGUGUGAUUUUCUGCGCCUGUGUUUGCUUUGGUAACAUCGGCCGUCAGCUCGCCAUUGGGGCCAACCGCAGAGAGACCCUGAAGUCGUGA